AUGCAGAAAGAUGAUAAUGAUAAAAAAUUAAUACAGGCAGCAGAAUUAUUGCGUAAAGCUUCUGGUGUAUUUGAAUAUAUUGCAGAAAAGGUAUGCUCCAAUUGGCAAGAUCCACCUUCAACAAGACCACCGGAUGUUUUGUCAGAAUUAUGCAUGUCAAUAUCAAAGAUUUCUAUUGCUGAUGCUUCAUCAAUCGCCAUCCGUAAAGCUCUCAUGCAGCAAACGUCAUCAUCACUGCUAGCCAAGUUAGCAAUUGGCGCUGCUGAGUAUUACGAGAUGGCGAGUGGACUAAUCAAAAGUUUAAAAGACCCUCAAAAAGUUUGUUAUGAUUUUCGAAAGUAUGUUUCAGAUGGUGCUUUAUUUCAUCAGUCGCUUGGAAAGAAAUUUUUAGCUAAAGAUGCCUACGAACAUCAGCAAACGGGAAAUGCCGUUGGAUUUAUUAAAGAAGCUAAAGAUAUGUUACAUAAUCUUUCCAAAUCAAAAUCCCCUAUUGUUGCUAAACACGCCGUUCAAGAAUAUGCAGAAGUUAAUGAAUUAUGUAAUAUGUACGUUGGAAUAAAUGAUACAGUAGCAUUUGAUGUAGUACCAUCAAAAGCUGACCUUCAAGCGCUUACUCCUGGCGGACGGACUGUUCAUCACUUGAUAAAAUACACUCCGCCAUCACCAGCUUUUGGACCAGAAAACGAUACAAAG